GCUGCCCCAUUUCUUUUUCCACUUGUUUCGAACGUGCCCUUUCAUCUGAACUGCAUCAUUUUAUUAACUUCUUUUACAAUUACUUUACAAAAUGGCAAUAGCCAAAGCUACCACCAUCAAAGAAGCUCUCAAACGACUCGAAGAUCGUACUAAAACCAAUUCAUGCGAUGAGAAAGAGAUUGACCUCUGCUUCCAGUGGCCUCCAAUAGAAAAAAUGGAUACCACCUUCUCAACGCUGACGGCAUGCCAAAAAUUAUCGCUAUCCACCAAUAUGAUUGACAAAAUCUAUGGACUGAGCGGCAUGAAGAACCUACGGGUGCUUUCACUGGGACGUAAUUACAUCAAAGCGAUAUCCGGCCUUGAAGGAGUCAGUGAUACGCUGGAAGAACUCUGGAUUAGCUACAACCUAAUCGAAAAACUGAAAGGCAUCAGUGUCCUCAAGAGGUUGAAGGUGCUCUACAUGAGCAACAAUCUGGUCAAAGAUUGGGUCGAGUUCAACCGUCUGGCCGAUUUGCCCAUGCUGGAAGACUUGCUCUUUGCCGGCAAUCCACUGGUGGAGUCGAUGGAAGAGAGCAUUUGGCGGGCGGAGGCCAGCAAACGGUUGCUUCCAUUGAAAAAACUCGACGGUGAAACGGUUAUUCGCGAGGACGCUGAGUCGCAGAACCAGCAGGGCGUUGGACAGCCGGAGAAAUAA